AUGCUGGGACUGAGAGCCAGAGCCUCUAACCCAAUCUCGGCCAUCUCCUCCCCCCUGAUCGCGCGCUCCACUUUUCACGACUCCACGGCCGCCUCACUGUCGCCGCCCAGCUGCAACUUCUGGACGACUUGGACGCUCAUUCGGGCGCAAUUAUUCACCACCUACGGAUCCAGUUGCACUUGCAGCAAUUAUUCAUUGCCGCCAGUCACCAACGCUACGCCGUCUUCUCCUCGGUCCAAACCGAAGAACACCACCACCUCUUCCACCACCACCACCGUUGCAUCCACACGGGCAUCCACAUCCGCAAACACCUCGGCCUUCGAGGCUGCUGCCAAUCACGCUCCUCGUCCGCUUCUCCCACUGCCAUUCACCAUUGGCCGCUUUGCCCACGCUUGCAUUGAAAUCAGCACCACCACUACCACCACCGUUCAAGCGAAAGCCAAAGCUGCAGUCCGAGCCACUCCCUGCACGUCGUCGCCUUCGCAUUUCUUUGUCCGGGUCUCCACAUAUCUAGCUGCAAACCUAAUCGUUUUGCACCUGCGACUGCUGCUGCACCUGCGCGACUCUUCCUUUGGACGUCUUUUCCCCAAUUCCAUCCCGUCAACUUCCCCUCUAACCCGGCGACCAAUUCAAUCACUUCGUCCGCCGUCGACAUCACAGUUGACGUUUCUGCCGCCGCCGCUUAAAGAGGCCCUGGCGACCUCCACGAGCCUGGCCCAGGCGCUGCUGCAAACUCCUCGACAACCAAAAGACCCGUUCUCCACCGUACCCCGUAAGGCCGUCGUCCUCACGGCGGCCUUCCAGCCCACAUAUCCCGGCGCUUCGCCUGACCUGCAAACUCCAGUAGCCGCCGCCGCCGCCCUACCCCAAGCUCGCAGUCCAUCCUUGCUACGCCAAUACGACCCCAAAGAGUACUUUUUGCAGUCUCCCUUCCGCAAUCGUGCCGCCGCUUCUGCUCCCCAUCGACUUCCUCACCUUUCGCCUGCUCGUCUGUGGAACCCAACCAACUCUACACCAAGACUUCCCGAAAAGCCUGUCCGCAAACGACGCCCCUCGACACCGCCUCCUCCUGCCGUCCCUCUAUCGCAUCCGACUCUCGAUCGGUUAUCUGUCGACCCUGCCGACCCCCUCGGCAUCGGCGCUGGCGACUACCCGCUGCUAACUCUUCCGGAACAGCGCCAGACGCGACAUCCGACAUCGAAUCGAAACAGCCUCCAAUUUGAUCGGAGUGGGAGUGGUGCCGAGCAUCGCAUCAAUCUUCCAACAUCACUGCGCCAUUCAUACGACGGACGAAGGUCCGCUGAUCCUUCGCCAACAUUUUUGGAUCCUGACGCCAGCUCCGCCAACGAGGAAGAAGAAACACCCGCAGAGCCUCCUCCCGAACCCCGAGUAACUGGUCUGAGGAAACGCGGACAGAGUGUUUCCGACCCAGUCAUACGAGACUUCGCAAUAACCCUCAACGACAAGGGAAAAGGGAAGGCAGCCAUGGAGCAAGGCACUGAAAAUCAGGGGCGAGGGUCUUCGAAGGACUUGGAACGCGGGCCAGACGUGCUCCCGCGCCACUCGAAUGUGUCGGCCGGCGAUGCUAUCGGUAUUGGGUCGGCCAUAUCAUCUUCCAACUCGUCGAUUAUGGGAGAGGAACUGCCGCCAGAUAUGGGCGAGGAAUGGGGACCGCAACACCCGUGCUUUCCCCAUAUGAACCCUCAUGUUCCCCUGGACUCGCCAGAGUACCACAAUACUCGAAUCAUUCGCAUACGUCGAGAUUGGUUGAUCGAGGGAGAUUUGGCUCCGACGUUUUCCAACUUGUACCCUGAAAUUUUGGAUCCAGCCGGUUUGUCCGAACAAGAAUUCCGGAGGAUCAUCGACAAGCUCAACGGCGAACUCAUUCCAAUAUUCAGCCCGUACAGCUGGAGGAACGUGGUCGAUGGCGUGCUGGGCCUCGUGACGGGUUGGCUAUGGGAUGACUUGGGUUUUACUGGCGUCAAGGCUCGGUUGAAGCGCCUGGAACGUUGGAUUGACCAGUGGAACAACGAAAUGGAAAAGACGAUCGGCAAUGAGGACAGCUCAAUGGCUCCGCGAAUCAUCUCGCUGAGAAAGACGGGCUACAUGACACUGGACAUACAGAUCCCAGAUCCGGAAAUCGCACCUGCUCCUAGCACACCUGGCGGUUCUAGAUCUGGAAGUAUACCAAUGGAGCCGCCAACCGCCAUAAUGGCACAAUAA